CGAGUUGCUUCAACCUACAUCGAGAUUCCAGAACUCUCUCUCUCUUAUCUUUUAUUAGUCAAACACCCUCUUUCUUCUUCUCCAACACCAUUCACAAAUUUUUCAGAAACUCAAACAAACAAAACCCAAAUCCAAAUCUAAAUCCAAAUCCAAAGACCCUUUUUCUUCCUGAAUCCAAAGAAUCCAACUUUGCAACCUUUCUCGAAGUGGGUCAUAGAGAAUUUAGAAAAGAAGAAGAAGAAGAGGAAAUAAUGUUGCAGCUGUUCUUCACAGUGGCUUUCUCCACAGUUCCUCUGACCCUUUACGUGCCACCGAUCAGAAGCUUGAAUCUGUUUGUGGAAACAAUGGAGUUUGUCGUGAGAGAAUCGAGAAGUUACAGGAACAGGGUUUAUCCUCGGCUACGAGUAGCUUGGUCGAGGAUGUUGGAUUUCAUGCUCUGCAACAACAACAUCAGGUAGAUUUCUGCAGUUUCAUGAACUGAAAGAACACCAUGUGUUGUUGUAAAUAAUUUCUUUUCUUUUUUUCUUGGAACCUUUUUGUGGUUCUUCAUUUUCCUCUUUUGUUUUUGUUUAACAUCGAUUCCCCAAUCUGCAAUAAAUCGUGUACUUUUGACUUUGCCACGGAUUAUUGCUGUAAUGUGUGAGUUUUUUUUUUUUUUUUUUCAUCUGAGGUGGUUUAUGUUCAAUUUGAUCACACCUUGUUGUAACCUUGCAUAGAAAGAAUAAUGGAAUUCUCUGUGUUCAUCAUGA